AUGCUGGGCAUCACCACUGUAUCUUAUAGAUUUAACAUCAUGGGAGAGUACACUGAUAUUCUGCAAGCCAAAAGGGGAAUUCUUCAGGGUGAUCCUCUAUCACCUAUGUUAUUUGUUCUCAUAAUAGAGUAUAUGAAUAGAUUGUUGAUGAAAAUGCAAAGAGACCCUAAUUUUAACUACCAUGCCAAAUGCGAAAAGUUGAAAAUCACCAACCUUACCUUUGCUAAUGAUGUUCUACUAUUCUGCAGAGGUGAUGAGAUCUCUUUACAUAUGAUUCUUCAAACUUUCAGGGCCUUCUCCAUGUCCACGGGGUUAAUUAUGAAUCCUAACAAAUGCAGGAUUUAUUUUGGAGGUCUAGAUAAAGAGAAGAGAAAGGUUCUGAAAGAGAUGUCUGGUUUCCAAGAAGGUACGCUUCCAUUCCGAUAUCUCGGUAUACCUUUGGUUGGCAGGAAACUAAACAUCACUCAUUUUAUGCCCUUGGUGGAUAGAAUAGUGGCUAGAAUCCACCAUUGGUCUUCAAAGCUUUUAAGUUAUGCCGGCAGAAUUCAAUUGGUGAAAAUUAUAACAAUUGUAAUGGUUCAACACUGGCUGCACUAUCUUCCUAUGCCCAAAACCGUGAUCAAGAAGAUUGACUCCAUCUGUCGCAGUUUCAUCUGGACCGGUAAAGAUACAGUGAGCAGAAAGUCCGCUCGCUGCCUUUUCUUCGCGAAUAACAUGUGUAGUCCUGUAGCUUGGAAACACAUGAGCUGUCCUACUGCUCAAGGUGGUUUGAACCUGAUAAAUCUGCAGAUUUGGAACAAUGUCCUACUCUUAAAAUGCUUAUGGAAUCUGUGCAAAAAAUCUGAUAAUUUGUGGGUGAAAUGGAUCCAUAUUCAUUACUUUAAAAACAAGCAGAUCAUGAAUUAUGAAACCAAAACUGAAAGCUUUUGGAUCAUGCGUAGAAUUUUGAAACAAAGGGAUACCAUGGAUCUAAUUAGGAACGAAUGGGAUCAACUUCUGAUUUCACAUAGGUUUAAGGUGUCGGUUUUUUACAAGGUUUUGAUUGAUGACGGCACAAGAGUGCCUUGGAGAAACUUAAUUAGAUCCAAUAAGAGCCGACUGCGAGCAUUUUUUUGUCUAUGGCAAGCUUGCCAUGGAAAACUUGCAACCAAGGAUAGAUUAAAGCGUUUUGGCAUGAUUCAAGACAGCCAAUGCAGUUUAUGUCAUACCGAGGAAGAGACGAUGAACCAUCUAUUUUUCUGUUGUCAAGGGACUAGACACAUUUGGAAGAAAGUGCUCCAUUGGUUUAACAUAGUUCAUACACCUCAACCUUGGGAUGCCGAGUUGAUUUGGAUAACUAACAUGACUAAAGGUAAAUCCUGGAAAGUGGAUAUUUUCAAAAUGUUAGUGGCUGAAACCAUCCACUGCAUCUGGGGGUAUCGUAAUAGUACUACUUUUGGUAAACCUAUAGAUAUUAUAACCGUGGCUACUAACAUUAUAGAUAACGUGACCUAUAGAGGGUGGCAAAACCUUAAAAUUAGGAAGCAUCUUGUUAGUUAUAUGUUGUAA